AGAAUAGCGGAGCCAAGAAAUAGUUAAUCCAGGGCUGCUUUUAUGAUUGGCCGCUGUAUACAGCGCUUGAGCCACCUUGAAUGAGAGACAGGGGUAACUAGGCAACUUCAGCGGCGGUAAAAUAAUUUUAAAAAUAAGAUAAAAAAUAAGAUAUGUCCACGAAACACUGAAAUAGUAAAAUUGUCGAAAAAUGAGAGUCGACCCAAUGUGAUUUUAUUGCGUGCGUGUCCUGCAAAUGGAAUUAAGGAAUGGAUUUUUUUCUCUCUAAGAAGCGAAAACAGAUCGCGCAAACGAACCGGAACCUGAUUUGGAUUAAAACGGUUAAACUGGAAAUUUCAGCAUAGCUGUCAUAUGAAAGGUGCUAAUGGAGGGAGGGACAGAGAUGUACAACAGAAGGACAGUCUCUGAAGUGUCCUACCAAAGAGGAAUACCAGUACUCAACCUGGACUAAAGAAUAAUACAGUACUACAACAACAACCCAUGUGUUCUCUUUGGAAGGAGGAAUUCACCAAUCACUAAGUGGGAUCUGCACUAAAGAGCAAUAGAGGGACCAUGUAAUACUUGACCUAAUUUGAGGAACAUCUAGCCACCAUGUUAGAACUAGUCUGAAGCAGAAGGACCGCUACAACAUCUACCUGUCAUCAGCCCUACCAGGAUGGGUCCAAAUUGAAGGAGAUUUGAACCCCUGGAUCUCUUCACCAAAGAGGAAUAACACCAGGCUUCUCACCAUGGACUUGGAGGAAAACUCUGUCCUAGACCUGGAGUAGAGGGAGUAGUGGCUCUGUCCUAGACCUGGAGUAGAGGGAGAAGUGGCUCUGUCCUAGACCUGGAGUAGAGGGAGAAGUGGCUCUGUCCUAGACCUGGAGUAGAGGGCGAAGUGGCUCUGUCCUAGACCUGGAGUAGAGGGAGUAGUGGCUCUGUCCUAGACAUGGAGCAGAGGGAGUAAAGGCUCUGUCCUAGACCUGGAGUAGAGGGAGUAAAGGCUCUGUCCUAGACCUGGAGUAGAGGGAGUAGUGGCUCUGUCCUAGACCUGGAGCAGAGAGAGUAGUGGCUCUGUCCUAGACCUGGAGUAGAGGGAGUAGUGGCUCUGUCCUAGACCUGGAGCAGAGAGAGUAGUGGCUCUGUCCUAGACCUGGAGCAGAGGGAGUAGUGGCUCUGUCCUAGACCUGGAGCAGAGGGAGUAAAGGCUCUGUCCUAGACCUGGAGCAGAGGGAGUAAAGGCUCUGUCCUAGACCUGGAGCAGAGAGAGUAGUGGCUCUGUCCUAGACCUGGAGCAGAGGGAGUAGUGGCUCUGUCCUAGACCUGGAGUAGAGGGAGUAAAGGCUCUGUCCUAGACCUGGAGCAGAGGGAGUAAAGGCUCUGUCCUAGACCUGGAGCAGAGGGAGUAAAGGCUCUGUCCUAGACCUGGAGCAGAGAGAGUAGUGGCUCUGUCCUAGACCUGGAGCAGAGGGAGUAGUGGCUCUGUCCUAGACCUGGAGUAGAGGGAGUAGUGGCUCUGUCCUAGACCUGGAGCAGGGAGAGUAGUGGCUCUGUCCUAGACCUGGAGCAGAGGGAGUAGUGGCUCUGUCCUAGACCUGGAGUAGAGGGAGUAAAGGCUCUGUCCUAGACCUGGAGUAGAGGGAGUAGUGGCUCUGUCCUAGACCUGGAGCAGGGAGAGUAGUGGCUCUGUCCUAGACCUGGAGUAGAGGGAGUAAAGGCUCUGUCCUAGACCUGGAGCAGAGAGAGUAAAGGCUCUGUCCUAGACCUGGAGCAGAGAGAGUAGUGGCUCUGUCCUAGACCUGGAGCAGAGGGAGUAAAGGCUCUGUCCUAGACCUGGAGCAGAGGGAGUAAAGGCUCUGUCCUAGACCUGGAGCAGAGGGAGUAGUGGCUCUGUCCUAGAUCUGGUGCAGAGGGAGUAGUGGCUCUGUCCUAGACCUGGAGCAGAGAGAGUAGUGGCUCUGUCCUAGACCUGGAGUAGAGGGAGUAGUGGCUCUGUCCUAGACCUGGAGCAGAGAGAGUAGUGGCUCUGUUCUAGACCUGGAGCAGAGAGAGUAGUGGCUCUGUCCUAGACCUGGAGCAGAGAGAGUAGUGGCUCUGUCCUAGACCUGGAGCAGAGAGAGUAGGGGCUCUGUCCUAGACCUGGAGUAGGGGACAGGGGGUAGGGGACAGUUGGGUUGCGGGCAGUCCAAAGGAGGUAGGGUGUGUGUGAUAACCAUCCUGGAGUAGGGGAUAGGGGACUAGUCCACAGGAGGCAGCAGAGGAGUGAUAACCCCAUGGUGGAUCUGCUGUGAGGAGGACUGUGGACAGGAAGGACCCAGGAGGAUGUCAUCAGCCGGAGGAGAGUCAGCCAGCUCGGAGCUCCAAGCAGGUGUCAAAACCAGCACUCUGAGACGGGAGUCCAGGAGGACUAAAGGUCAGGACCGCACUGAGACGGGGCUGAUUAAGCGUUUCCGUGGUGAUGGCGUGCGCUACAAGGCCAAGCUGAUCGGGACUGAUGAGGUGACAGCGGCACGCGGGGACAAGCUGUGCCAGGACUCCAUGAUGAAGCUCAAGGGAAUGGCUUCGUCAGCGCGCUCCAAAGGAGAGCACAAGCAGAGAGUCUUCCUCACCAUCUCCUUCGGGGGGAUCAAGAUUUACGACGAGAGAUCAGGGGUUCUGCUGCAUCACCACUCAGUGCAUGAGAUUUCCUAUAUCGCCAAGGAUACCCGGGACCACCGGGCCUUUGGCUACGUCUGUGGGAAGGAGGGACACCACAGGUUUGUGGCCAUCAAGUCUGGCCAGUCGGCGGAGCCACUGAUCAUUGACCUGCGUGACCUCUUCACGCUCAUCUACGACAUCAAGCAGCGAGAGGAGAUGGAGAAGAAGUCCCAGAAGGACAAGCAGUGUGAGCAGGCCGUCUACCAGACCAUUCUGGAGGACGAGGUGGAUGAUCCAGUUUACCAGUACAUUGUGUUUGAGGCUGGACAUGAGCCCCUCCGUGGCCACCAAUCAGAGGAGAGCGUUUACCAGGUCCCCACCGCUACCAGUCAGCAGAAGGGAGAAGGGAUCUAUGACGUCCCAAAACGCCAUUUUAUGACUAACAUCAACCACUUUGAUCUGUUCUCUUUCUCUGACCCUACCCUUUAUCCUGCACAGAACAUCAACCACUUUGAUCUGUUUGGAGACAUGUCCACUCCACCCUCGAUGCCCCCGUCCCCGGCCAACACUUUGGACCCCAGCAGGAGCCACCACCAGCACCAGCACCAACACCCCACAGAGAUGUUCACCGGCCCCUUCAGCCCCACCUCUGUCCCCUCGGGGUACAUGACCAUGGGGCCAGUCCAGGCAGCCCAGUGGGCCCAGCAGGGAUCCUUCUCUGGCCAGGCCCAGACCCUGGCCUUUGGGGUGCAGGGGCCCCUCCAGGUUACCCAGGUCCUCCCGGGAGGCCAGCCCGUCAUCUGGAGCCAGGCCAACAUCUUCCCUGCCACCCAGCAGCAGUGGGCCGCCAUGGCUGCCUACAUGCCCGCCCAGGCCGUGGGCGUGGGGGGUCACCACCUCCCCAUGAUGGUGCCCAUCACCACGGUGUGCCCUGGCCCCCAGGGCCUACACUACGACCUCUCCUCCACCCCCUCCUCAGCCAUCACCAGCCCCCAGCACCAGGCGAUGGACCCCGCCCUGCUCCAGCAGCUCCAGCAGCAGCACAGCCUCAGUGGGGAUUCUGACGCAGGAGAAGGCCCCUCUUCACUGGGCCUUGUCAUGGUGGGCAGCAGGUGUGGAACACCUGGGCCGAUGAGUCCCACUUCAAUGGGUCUGGGUGCUGUGGGCAGGUGUGAGACGCCUGUUAGCCUUGUCAUGAUGGCGAGGUGUGAGACACCCGGCCCUGGUCCAGUGAACGUGCCUCCUGACACCCUGGUCUGUAGCCAGCUGUGCCUGGGGUCACCGGCUGUGAUGUCCCCAUUGGCCUUGACCCAGGAAGAGGAAGGCAGCUGUAGUGACCUUGACCUCUCUCGGAUGACCUUGAGUCCUGGCACAUCCACCUCACCCUCCACUGACUCAGCCCCAGCCCCCCAGCCUGGACCGUCCUCAGACUCCGCCUCGUCCCAGACCAGUGACCCCCCCACAGACCACUCUCCCAUCCAAACACAGGCCACACCCCCCAGCACCAGGGAGGAUGACUCGGGCUUAUGCACCAGGGCUCUGUCUCCCUGUCCAUCUGGAGAUGCUCCACCUGAUUCUCCCCAGGCCCAGAUCUGUCCACAGGAAGACAGUUAGAGAACUCUGGGAGAAGGAACCUCUGUGACCGUCAGGAGGAUAGAAGAAGAUGAGAGGAGAGGAGGACAGCGGACUGAGAGACGGAGGAGAGGAGACUCUGGACUCCUAUGUCCCUCCUAAUAACUUGAUUACACGGAUCUCUGUUCUGGAGAAUGCAGAUAUUGGCAGCCUAAAGCAGCAAUAUCAUAGGAUUGGCUUCUUUCCUGAGCUGGACAGCACAACACUCUCCUCACAUGCUGUCUUUCCCCCCACCCGCAGCCAAUCGGAAGCCCUAUCUCCCAUGAAGUGACCUAUGAUCUUUGACCAAACUGUAGCAGUGGGUCGUUACCACGACAACUUCCUGCCACAGGUCAGUGGGCGGAGACACCUUAUCUAUCAUGUGACCUGGGAGGACCAAUCAAACUGCAUGGUCAGGAUGAGGAUUCUCAUGGGUUCUAAGGAUUAAAUCAUUUUUGGGGUGAUUUUGAGGAGGAAUGGUGUCCUAUGGGGUUAUACCCUUCGUUUGGAGAACUGCCACCCGCCUCAGAGUACUCACUGUGUAGAACAGAUGGAUUUGCAAAAUGUUUUCAAACAGCUGACUUGUUCCAUUGGCAUGAACAGACUAUGUAUUGUGGAUCCAGCGAAACACAGCAGAGACUGCGAGACAACUGUUCUCCAUAGCUUCAUAGCUUCCUUUUCAAUGCUUAAAGAUAAAAAUAUAAUUUUUAUUUUGUAAGCUGCGACUUCUGAGUUGACGCUUCUGAGCAUUUUAUGGAUAACGAAAACAGCUUCGAGGCAUCAGUCGAAAUAAUUCCUGUUUGCCAAACUUCUGUUUUGUAAAUAAGAUUUCCUCAAGACCCCUUACACCGGAAUCUCUGUGCCAAAAGAUAGGCCUGUCGUCUGCCUCUCUGAUGCAACCUACCUGUGGCUCUCUCAACUUUAAAGCAAUGCCACACCAGCACCUCUGUCUGUAUUGUCUGGAUUUUUGCUUUGCUUUCUUGACAUUUUAUUUGAUUAUUUUACUUUCUGUUUCUGUGUUGGGUUUGGUCAGUCAGUCUGUGACAUAUGAACUGUGAAUCUGUGUUACAUAGCCGUUGAAUCAAAGCAACGAUGGGGGACACCUGCUACCUACGUAGGACGUAACUCACUCUUUUGAAAAUAAAAUGGCCAUCCUCACACACAAAAUAAAGGAUCCACAGGCCAAUAAAGUCUGUCACUUUUACCUUUUAACUGUUUUAGACUACUGAACAGGUGUACUACCCAUCCUUCAAUGUUUGCUUUCAAUCUCUUUGUUGACCUACUCAACUGCUACCAGACCUGGGUUCAAAUACUAUUUAAACCUUCCAAAUACUUUUGAGCAUUUGCUUAAGCCUGCCUCGAGUGCCAUGUUGGCGGGGUUUGCACUUUAGGGACUUUUCUAUUGAUUCUAUAGCAACGGGCAAGCUCAAUCACACACCGCUAAAGUA